GUACUGUUGGCCGGAAGUACAUUAAUAAAAUGAAAGUAGAAAUGUUUUUAAUGUAUGUGCUUUCUGUAUGAAAUUCAUUAUAAAAGGGUAAACAAUGGCAGCUGCUAUAAAACAUACCUUACAACGAGAUUUAUUUCUGCCUAACGAUGAAAGAUUAAUUAGUUUGAUUAAUGUAUAUAAACCACCCAGAAAAAGGAAAGGAUCUUAUUUAUGUGCUGUUUUGAAUACUACAGACAGCCCUAUUCGGGUAUUUAUAUAUCAAGUUAAAAAGACAGAUAGAGGUGAUGGUUUUAAGAAGAAAUUAUCAUGGUUAUUACGAGAUUUAAGAACAGUCGAUGGAAAGAGUGCUGAAAAGGAGACACCAGAAUUUGAUCUCCAUUUUGAGAAGAUUUAUAGCUGGGCUACGAGUGGUAUUGAAGAAAAAGAGAGUUUUCUAGCCUCAUUAUGGAGACUCAGUCAGAGAUAUUUAAUACAGAAACCAUCCUUUGUCAACAUUCCUCAACAUCUGAUGCAGGACGUGAACCAGCCAUUAGACCAGAAUACAGGGACUACAGAUGGAGAUGAUAUUUCUAUAGAGGAUGAGGAUUAUCAGGCUCUGUCCUCUAAAGAGGAGUCAGAUCUCGAAAGAUUGAUGUCCUCAUGUCAGGCUGGUAUAGCUAAUGCUGAAGUUUUUGCUGAGAAGCUCUCUAAAGAGUUGUCUGUUCUUGAUGGGGCUAACAUCCAUUCUAUUAUGGGGUCAGAAGAUCAAGUUUUAAACCUGAUGAGAUUGCUAGAUGAUGGAAUAAAACAGGCUGAAACAGUGGAACAACAACUCAAUUCUUAUGAUCAAAUACUAGAGAAUGUAAAAGAACAGAUGGAGGUAAUGAGAGAUAAAGAUAUGUUAAUGACAAUCAGAAAUAAAAAUCUUCACCAGUUGACUGAGAGUCUAGAAUCUAUUGUGAGUCAAAUGGAUUUAGAUAUUAAACAUAUGAGUGCGUUAUUAGAUGGUGAUCUGUCCACACCGAAUGGUAUUUAUGAAUGUGUCCAGGCUGCUCAAGCUCUACACAGGUGUAUGAAUAUUGAGAUGAAUCCAGCGUUAAAGAGACUAGGGGCUGUAGAAGAACAACAGAAGAAGUUUAAUAAAAUUUCCAGUAAUUUCAGUAAAAGAUUGUCCCAACAUUUAAAUAAUUUGUUUAUACAUCAGGGAAAUCAAAUGGCCGAAUCACUGAGUAGAUUCAGUGGAGAAUUAAAGAUGCUCCAACACGAAUCAGUUCAAAAACAACUGAUAAUAUAUUCUGAUUUAAUGUUCUGGUUAAAAAACACUGAUCCUGUCGUCUUUGACUGUUUAUCAGAGGUGUAUGCUGAUAAUUUAUCUAAACUAUAUACACGUGAAGUACAGGAGUUUUUAGAAUGUGCCAAACAACGAGUCACUGGAAAAGCUGAUAAAGGAAAACACGGAAUAGCCUCAGUAGUAUCAGGCUCCUCAACAAGUUUAGAGAAGAUGUCAUCUAAAUUACGAGGGAGGUCACCCUCCAUGCAGAGUGUAGAUUCUCUAUCUGUUGGUUAUGGAUCAGAAACUGAUAUCGCUAAUCGUGGAUUCUUUGAUUCGAUUCUUGAAAAAGUUUUCACUGAACUAGAAAGAGUAUGUCUAGCAGAACAGGAUUUUUGUGAUAAAUUUUUUCACCUGAGUGAAUCAUUGGUGGCAGAAGGACUAAAAGUAAGGAGACAGAUGAACGAUGGUGUAAGACAAAUGUUAUUGAGUUUAUUUCCCACCCUAGAGCAAGAUUUAGAUAGUUUUAUAACAUUUGCUGAUAGCAAGGAUGGUUUAUAUUCGAUGUAUAUGUUAGUACGGAUGGGACAACAUGUUAUAAACACACAAGAUGUUGGUUCGUUUCUCAGUAUGACGUUUGGUAACUGUCUAGUGAAAGUAAAACGUAACUUUGAUAAAUAUAUUCAAUCUCAGAUUCGUAUGAUAGAAGAUGCCAAGGUGUCCAAGAAAAAUAGAUGUGGAAUAAUCAGUUUUGUCCAUUCUUUUGAGGAUUUUGCCAAUUUGGCAGAGCAUAUUUUCCGAGGAUCUGAAAGAAGGACAGAUUUAGAAAAAGCUUACACGAAACUAGUCAAUGUGGUGUUUGAACAAAUUGUACGAGUUGCCAAGGAACACCAGAAAACACCAAAAGAUGUGGUGCUAAUGGAAAAUUUUCAUCGCAUGUACUGUAUUUUAUCUCAAUUGAAAGUUGCCUGUCUUGAAGGAGAGAAAAAAGAAUCCCGAGCAAAAUAUACAGAACAUUUAGCUCUUUAUACAGCAGGAUUAUUGGGUAUACCUCUUGAAAAACUACAUAUAUUUUUUGAAGGAGUACAGGCUAGGAUUGCUACUGGAGUAAAACCUGAAGAAGUUGGGUAUCAAUUAGCCUUCAGUAAACAAGAACUACGUAAAGUUAUCAAAGAUUAUCCUGCUAAAGAGGUGAAGAAGAUUUUAGAUCAUAUGUAUAAAAAGGUAGAAAAACAACUGAGUGAAGAAGAAAACCUCUUACAGGUUGUUUGGAGAGAAAUGCAGAAUUUAUUUAUUAAUCAAUAUAAACAUUACGAUGAUUUGAUGAAGAAAUGUUAUCCAGACUCGCAGAUAUCAUUAGAUUUCUCUAUAGAGGAUGUAUUACAAUACUUCUCAGACAUCGCCCAGUCACACUAGACUCAAUUAACCAGCACCUAGUUACAUAAGUAAUAUAGUUCUAACAUCGUGACCCAGGCUUCAGUUUCUCAUGAGAAUUCUAAUCUCAAAUCACCCAAACAAUCAGUCUAAUUAGAUUAGACCAAAGUUUCAGUCCUACUUUGUUGCUGGUAAGAAAUUUGUUAGGCUUACAGUGCCAUCAAACAGAUAAAUGUCACAGAGCAGUCUUUAGACCCCAAAUGAAGUGGCUGCAAUAAAAAUAAAGCUAACAAAACAGAACUUAAGGCUUUGUAUAUUCAAGUGAAAAUAAAUGUUAUAUCAUAUUUA